AUAAAAAAAGGAAAGAAACCACUACCGUUUUCUUCCUCUUCUUUGUUGUUUCGCAGGGAUACAAACAGAUCUGGCGACGGCGACUCCUUCUGGACGGCGUGCAAUCUGGAGGACGGAUGCUCUCUACCGGCUGCUGUCCUGUGUUCUCCGACAAAGCUGUGCGCGGGUCAGACGGCUACGACGGCAGCUCCUCAAUUCAGCGGCGACGGCUGCUCCUCAACCCGGUGGUGGCGGAUCUCAGGACAGCGGCGGCAAUUCGGAAGGUGGGUACUGGGCGGCGCGGCCUGCUGCUCGCGAAGCCCUACCCAACGCCUGCGGCAGUCGGCGGGAGACCAAGGCUGCGCGACGGCGGCAGCGAGGCAACCCCAAGGCUGCGGCUCUCUCCCCUGCUGCGCGACUCACUCCGGCGCGGCCCUCACAGUGGAGACUGUUCAGAUCCUAGCAG